GUGGACUCGAUCAAGGUGUUCCUCGCAGUCAAAACAAAAGCAUAUUCCAUAAUCUCUCUCUCGAACAAAACUCUCUAAACAACAUUAAAAUGAAGAGACAGAGGUUUCAAUUGUUGUCUGUUUUUGUAUCCUCAAGAAACUUUCCAAAAAGAAAACCAAGUUUCCAUUUAAGAACAAUUCAACGAUGCCGGCGGCGUUAAGAGUGUUAUCGGCGUUAGAUGCGGCGAGGAUACAGUGGUACCAUUUCAAGGCGAUAAUAGUCGCCGGAAUGGGUCUCUUCACCGACGCAUACGACCUCUUCUGUAUAGCUCCGGUCAUGAAAAUGAUCAGCCAAAUCUAUUACCACAAGGACUCAAUCGGAACCGCUGUUCUCUCAACUUCCUACGCCAUCGCCCUCCUCGGAACCGCCUUGGGUCAGCUCAUCUUCGGCUACUUAGGCGACCGAGUCGGACGCCGCAAAGUCUACGGGCUCUGCCUUCUCAUCAUGGUUUUAAGCUCCUUCGGAUGCGGAUUCUCUGUCUGCACGACUCGCAGAUCUUGCGUCAUGGCGAGUUUAGGAUUCUUCAGGUUUGUCCUCGGGAUUGGGAUCGGCGGCGAUUACCCUCUCUCCGCCACGAUCAUGUCGGAAUUCGCUAAUAAAAGAACACGCGGAGCUUUUAUCGCCGCCGUGUUCUCGAUGCAGGGGCUUGGGAUUUUGAUGAGCUCCGCCGUAACGAUGGCUGUGUGCGUGGCGUUUAAGAGCGCCGGAGAGGGGAGUUUGGAGAAAACAAGUGCGGCGGGGAUGGAGACUUUGGCUCCGGCGGAAUCGGAUAUUGCUUGGAGGUUGAUUCUUAUGAUCGGUGCUCUUCCCGCCGCGAUUACGUUCUACUGGCGAAUGCUCAUGCCUGAAACCGCCAGAUUCACAGCCCUAGUGGAGAACAAUGUAGUCCAAGCAGCAAAAGACAUGCAAAGAGUCAUGUCCGUAUCCAUGAUAUCUCAAACGAACGAAGACUCAUCAUCGGAAACAUACCAACAACCACCGUCUUCCUCCUCCUACAAACUCUUCUCUCGCCGUUUCCUCAGCCUCCACGGCCGUGACCUCUUCGCAGCCUCAGCCAAUUGGUUCCUAGUCGACGUCGUCUUCUACACAAGCAACCUCCUCCUCUCUCAAAUCUUCAAUUUCUCCAACAAACCUCUCGAUUCCUCAAACGUCUACGACUCAGCCUUCGAAGUAGCUAGGCUCGCAGCCAUCGUAGCCGCUUGUUCCACCAUCCCCGGUUACUGGUUCACCGUUUAUUUCAUCGAUAGAAUCGGUCGAGUCAAGAUUCAGAUAAUGGGGUUUUUCUUUAUGGCCGUUGUUUACUUAGUCGCUGGGAUUCCGUACAGUUGGUAUUGGUCUAAGCAUGAGAAGACUAACAAAGGCUUUAUGGUUCUCUACGGAUUGAUUUUCUUCUUUAGCAACUUUGGUCCUAACACGACUACGUUUAUCAUCCCGGCGGAGCUUUUCCCGGCGAGGUUUAGGUCCACGUGUCACGGGAUAUCCGGAGCUGCAGGGAAGUUUGGGGCGAUUGUCGGGACUGUUGGUUUCUUGUGGGCCACGAAACACGAUGAAAGGGACAAAGAGGACGUUUUUCCGGACGUGAAACGCGUGAGAGUCGCGUUUUUGAUCCUUGGUGGCGUUUGUAUCGCCGGAAUGUUGGUGACGUACUUCUUCACGCGUGAAACUAUGGGAAGGUCGUUGGAAGAGAACGAAGAGAACGAAGAGUACGAGCUUGGUUCAACGUCAGCACCAGGAUCGUCUUCUGCGAAUGAAUUGCUUCCGAGACAAUAAUGAUUUUGAGAUCAAACGGAAAAAAAGACUUUUAAAAUGCACAAUGAAUCAUCUUUUGAUCUCCUCUCAGUUAAACUCUUAAUUUUCUUUGCUUUUUGAUGUUUGGUACUUAAUUUUUUUUUCUCAUGAUUACUCGGUGCAUAUUAAAGGGGUAUAUAAAUUUCAAAGCUUGAUCCUUUUAA